CGACAUCAGUUGCUUCGUGGGGGCGGGCAGCCUAGUAGUAGAAGAAAUCAGAUCCUCUCCGUCCGUAUAAGUAACAUUCUGCUUUACUACCUAAAGAACCUCGUUCUCGCUUCUAGAAACGGAACAUCAAUCACAAAUCUAUGGCGGAGAAGCUCGAGCCGGCGAAGGUUCUGUACUGCGGAGUUUGCUCUCUUCCAGCCGAAUACUGCGAGUUCGGUCCCGAUUUCGCCAGAUGUAAGCCCUGGCUCAUUGAUAACGCUCCCGAUCUCUACCCCGAUCUCCUCAAAGAAGCUAAUGAGAAGGGAGUAGAUAAUGUUUCUGAUAAGCUCCAGUCGGUGGGAAUCUCUGGCGCUGAUGGUGCUGCACCCUCUUCUUCUCAGACUGGAGGGACAUCUAAGAAGGAGGAAGUGAAACGCCUUCCUGGGGGAAAAGUUAAAAAGAAAGAGAGACUAGAAGUUAUUAUUGAAAAAGUUGUGCGCAACAAGCGCAAGUCUAUCACCAUUGUGAAAGGACUAGAACUCUUUGGGAUAAAACUCAGUGACGCGUCUAAAAAACUUGGGAAGAAGUUUGCCACUGGAGCAUCAGUUGUCAAGGGACCAACUGAGAAGGAGCAAAUUGAUGUUCAAGGAGAUAUAAUCUAUGACAUCGUUGAAUUCAUUACAGACACUUGGCCCGACGUACCUGAAAGAUCCAUUUUCUUCAUUGAAGAUGGGAAGAAGGUUCAGGCUGGUUAAUGAUCACGUUUGUCUUGUUUUUUUUUUUUGGGGCAUGGCAGGUUCAUGUAGACGAACUAGUUUCCGAGUCCUCCCAUGUGUUUUUUCUUAUUAUCAAACGUCUCUGUUUUUCUUUGUGGAUCUUAACAUUAUAAAACUGUUUUUUUUAAUC